CUCCGCGCCGCCCGCGCAGCCCGCACACUCACACUGCUUGGUUGCUACCGGGUGACGCGGGCUGGGCCCGCCCCCUGCCUGCUGGCCCCUGGCACUCACUCGCGCCCGCCGCCACCAAGCGGGUAGCAGCCGCGUCAGGGCCGUCCUGGGGCGCCGCUGGCGCUGCCCACACGACCCCGUCGCUCCCUACCGUCCUGCUGAGCCGCCCCCGGCCCGGGGCCGCGCCAGACCAGGCCGGGCUGCGCCCGGGCGGGACCGCGCUGCCUGCAUGACCCUCCGGCGGCGCGGGGAGAAGGCGACCAUCAGCAUACAAGAGCAUAUGGCCAUCGACGUGUGCCCCGGCCCCAUCCGACCCAUCAAGCAGAUCUCCGACUACUUCCCCCGCUUCCCGCGGGGCCUGCCCCCGGCCACAGGGCCCCGCGCCGCUGCGCCCCCGGACGCCCCCGCGCGCCCGCCUGAGGCCAGCGCUGGCCGCCGCAGCCCCUCCGACGGCGCCCGCGACGACGACGAGGAUGUCGACCAGCUCUUCGGAGCCUAUGGCGCCAGCCCGGGCCCCAGUCCCGGUCCCAGCCCCAGCCCAGCGCGGCCGCCCGCCAAGCCGCCCGAGGAGGAGCCAGACGCCGACGGCUACGAGUCCGACGACUGCACCGCCCUGGGCACGCUGGACUUCAGCCUCCUCUACGACCAGGAGAACAACGCCCUCCACUGCACCAUCAGCAAGGCCAAGGGCCUGAAGCCGAUGGACCACAACGGGCUGGCGGACCCCUAUGUCAAGCUGCACCUGCUGCCCGGAGCCAGUAAGGCAAAUAAGCUCAGAACAAAAACGCUCCGAAACACUCUGAACCCCACGUGGAACGAGACCCUCACUUACUACGGGAUCACGGACGAAGACAUGAUUCGGAAGACGCUGCGGAUCUCCGUGUGUGAUGAGGACAAAUUCCGCCACAACGAGUUCAUCGGGGAGACCCGAGUGCCCCUGAAAAAGCUGAAACCCAACCACACCAAGACCUUCAGCAUCUGCCUGGAGAAGCAGCUGCCAGUGGACAAGACGGAAGACAAGUCCCUGGAGGAGCGGGGCCGCAUCCUCAUCUCCCUCAAGUACAGCUCGCAGAAGCAGGGCCUGCUGGUCGGCAUCGUGCGCUGUGCACACCUGGCUGCCAUGGACGCCAACGGCUACUCGGACCCCUACGUGAAAACAUACCUGAAGCCAGAUGUGGACAAGAAAUCCAAACAUAAGACAGCAGUAAAGAAGAAGACCCUGAACCCGGAGUUCAAUGAGGAGUUCUGUUACGAGAUUAAGCAUGGGGACCUGGCCAAGAAGACCCUGGAGGUCACUGUUUGGGAUUACGACAUUGGAAAAUCCAACGAUUUCAUUGGCGGCGUGGUUCUGGGCAUCAACGCCAAGGGCGAGCGCCUGAAGCACUGGUUCGACUGCCUGAAGAACAAGGACAAGCGGAUUGAACGCUGGCACACACUCACCAACGAACUCCCUGGGGCUGUGCUCAGCGACUGACCAGCCCCCGCCUGCCACCGCACCCGUCCUUGCCUGUCACUUGGCCCAACACAGGCUUGGCCCUGGGCUUCCUCAGCUGCCACCAAGGGCCUCAACCCCCACGUUGGGGGAGAUCCAGGACACCUGCUCGGACACAGAACCGCUGCGGCCCCCGCGUGGAGGCCAUGGAGGACCCGGCCACUCCAAGGAGCAACGAGGGCAAAGGGCCAGGCCUGCUUUCAGCCCCUGCGGCCUGACAGGGCCAGAGGUGGGAGGAGAGGGGCUUGGCCUCAGCACCCAGCCCAGGGACGGGGAAGGGGCCAGCCAGGAGGCGCAGGCCCUACUAGAGGUCAGCAGUGAGUCACAGGGGACCCGGGCUGCGAGAAUAGGAGUGCAGGGGUGCCUGGCUGGGGCCGGCGAGAACUCCUGAGGGGACAGUAGGAAGAGGGGCACGGGGGAAGGAAAUUAGGGGCAGGACUCUGACUGCAUCGUUCAUCGCUGGCAUUACUGGGCAGGUGGAAGAAAAUUGACCUGAGAGCCAGGAAUCUAGUGAAGCUCCCAGAAGCUCCAGUGAACACGGGCACUUGGCAAAUGCUUCACUCAAUUUUGUAAACCCCUGGGGAUGAAUGAAACACUGGGCCUGCCCUCAGGGUGUUCCUGGUCUAGCAGGAAACCUUUUUAAUGGAGAGUGAGACCGCCAAGGCCAGCCGGGCCUGCUUGCUAGUGCUCUGGAGUCUGCUGACUUGCUGGGAGGGCCGGGAGGGCUUCACCCAGGAGGCCUCGCUUCAGCAAGGCCUGGGAGGGCAGUGGAGUGGCGAGGUGGACAAAGGGGAAGGGCAGUGCAGGCAGAGGAGGGAACGGUGACUGAGCCGGGGACUCGGGGUUUCUCUAGGGGGCAGGGUUGGUGAGGACAGGAGUGGGGCCCAGGGGUGAUGGCACCCAGCCCCGCUCCCUCCCCACCCCUGGCCGCCAGGCCAGCCUGGACUCACGGCUGACGGUGACGGAAGUGACGGAGCCCUGUGGUGAAACACGGUGCGGGGACAAGUUCAGUCCUCAGACCCAGUUCGCCCACCUUUGCUCACUCGCUCCUCCUGAGGAAUCCGGUGGAUGCAUCCCGCCCCUCGUUCUUCCCAGAGGAAGCACCAGGACAGCUGGAGCCAAGACAGAAAAGGGUCCCUUGUUUUGCAUGAAAAGCAGAAAUUCCUCCUUGUCCUCCCCCUUCUCUUCCCUUGCUCUGCCUCCCCCGACCUUCAGGUUUGGGACUGGGUAGUGGGGGGACCUCAGGUGGUUGCCCACGCACCCUGGCCGUCCCACGGCCACUGCCGUCCUGCUCAGGAAUACUGCGCAGCAGUCCAGGGCCCCGUUUCUGGGACAGCUGAGAGAGAGACACCCUGCCUGGUAGGCCUCUUUGCACCGAGUCAGAGUCUCCAAAGUGAGGUUGAAGGUUUGAGGCCUGCGCCCGAAGCCCCAGAUGUCUCCUGCCUACCAAGGGACCCUCAGGAAUCCUGGAGGAGCAAAUGCAUAACCAAAGGACUUCUGUGUUUGACCCAUCAGCGCACUGAUGGGAAAGAGCCCAGAGAGGGAGCGUGACCUGCCCGAGGCCUUGCAGCCUUACCACGGCUGGGGGGGAGCAGGCUCCAUGGCCCCGUGGCCCCUGCCCCGCUCCCAGCCCAGAGCUCCGGACACCACACCUGGGAGAAGUAGGGUGCUGGGCUCACACGCGAGAGGCCCUGCCAGCUGCCUGCCUGGCGCUCUCCCCUGCCUGCUGCCCACACCAAUACUAGCAGCAGGGCUCACAGGGGCACAGAGGUUGGACUUUCUGCUGCAACCACAAAGCACACCACCAUCUGAGGCCUGGGGUGAUGAUGUGACUCCCACCAAGUGCCCAUCAGUCCUUUCCCAGUUUGCAGGGAACUCGGGACUCCAGCCCCCACACUGUACCUGGCAACCUUUGCUGGUCGCAGAACCUUGGUUUUCCCAUCUUUAAGAAGGCUGUGUGUGUGUGUGUCCAGAGUUUUACAUGCACCGUCUUCAAUUUUCACAACCCUUGUGUCUGGGUGAACUCUGGGUAUCUCCUUACCUUUGCCUUUUGGAGGGCCUCACUCGGAGGAGAGGCUCAUAGCCUCUCUGCGAAGACGUGGAAAUGCUGAAUGGCAAAGCUCUAAGAGGCUGUGAGAUACAUAGGGAAACAAGCCCCCCUGGGACAAACAGCCAGGACCCCCAGCACCCAAGCCUAGGGCCCUCUGCUGCCCCAGGCUGUGCGCUUGGCCCUGAGAGACCGUCCCAACUGACCGCAGGCUUGGAGGCGGGGCUUUUACACAGCCAGCCCAAGUGGAAGAUGGGGCACUUGGACAGAGGGGCCACCCAGGGAGUGACAGAACCUUCACCAGAACCCUGGCACUGUUCUAGACCGCUUGCAGGUUGUAUCUGUCAAAAGAAAAGGCUCUUUGAGAAGCUGCAAAGUUUUGCCUUUAACCCCAAACUGGCAUCUUUCCUCUGGUCCAUUAGACGCACAAAGAUGGGAAAUUUGACACCAUAAAAAAGAAAAAGUCAUUCCAAAGUCACGUGUCAGUAACCAGGGGGUCUCCCUGAUGCGCGGCACCCAACUCCACCCCCUCCCUUCCUGGUCUCCGCCCCACCCACCGUCACCACUAGCCAAUCCCUGACGGGCCCGUCUUCCAACACUGAAGCGGUAACCUCCUGACCUCUAGUGGCGAGAGCGAGGAACUGCACCUCCCGGCCCGUGCAUGUCCGGCCUUUGUUCCUUCCCAACCGACAGAACCUCCCGAUGCAUGGACUCUGGCUGUCGUCGACACAGACUCGUGCACUGCUUAACACCGUUUUGCUACCAUGUGAUGGCUGCAGAAAUCGUCCUGAGACUUGCAGCCCCACACACAAUUUUUGUAUUUUCGUCUGACCUACCCGA